CAGUAAUUUCAGACCGCUAUUUCUCAUCCAAUACCAACUUCAACGCAGCUUGAAACUCGACUCAAACAGGCUUUCAACAAAAUCUCUGAAGGCCUCCACGCAACUUACAUAACAAUGGCAUCCUCAAAACUUUUCCAGCCGCUCAAGGUCGGCAACAUCACCCUCAAGAACCGUGUUGCCAUGGCCCCUUUGACCCGUUUUCGCGCCGAUGAAAACCACGUACCCCUCCCUUUCGUUGCGGAUUACUAUGCUCAACGAGCAUCCGUCCCUGGAACUCUUCUCGUAACCGAGGCCACCUUCAUUUCUCCUCAGGCUGGAGGUUACGGAGCGGUUCCCGCCAUCCACAGCCAGGCUCAGAUCGAUGGCUGGAAGAAGGUCACUGAAGCUGUCCACGCCAAAGGCUCUUAUAUCUACCUCCAGCUCUGGGCGCUAGGUCGUGUUGCCGAUCCUAAAACCGCCGAAAAGGAAGGUAUCACUAUCCGCAGUUCCAGCGCAGUAGCUCUGGAGGGGCACGCUACUCCCAAAGAGUUGACCAUCGAUGAGAUCAAGUCUUUCGUCCAGGAGUACGCCCAGGCCGCUAAGAAUGCCAUCGCAGCAGGCUUUGAUGGCGUUGAGAUUCAUGGCGCGAAUGGUUACCUGAUUGACCAGUUCAACCAAGACACUGUCAACCAGCGCACUGAUGCAUAUGGAGGCAGCGUCGAGAAUCGCUCCAGGUUCGCUAUCGAGGUCACCGAAGCCGUCGUCAACGCCGUUGGCGCUGACCGAACCGGUAUCCGUCUUUCCCCAUUCUCGACGUUCCAGGGCAUGAAGAUGAAGGAUCCUAUCUCACAAUUCUCCGACAUUGUCUCUAAACUCGACAAAUUUGGCCUCGCAUACGUUCAUCUCGUUGAGUCGCGUGUUAGUGGCAACGCCGAUGUUGAGUCCACCGAGCGUAUCAGUCCCUUGGUUGACCUGUUCAGAGGUCCCGUUCUAGUCGCUGGUGGUUUCAAGCCUGACUCUGCUAAGGCUCUCGUGGACAAGGAGUACCCCAACCACGACGUCGUUGUCGUUUUCGGUCGUUACUUCAUUUCUACGCCUGACUUGGUCUUCCGCCUGAAGGAGGGCAUUGAGCUCAAUCCGUACGAUCGCAACACUUUCUAUAAUGCCGGAGAGGAGAGAGGCUACACUGAUUACCCGUUUAGCAAGGAGUUUUCCGCUGCUAGCUCUAACCUAUAGAUGACGGUUCCUGUUUCCAUCGAUACAUAGCGCGGCGUUGGGACUCAUAGAUAUUUUCGAGAUGGAAUGCAUUGAAACUAUCUCGUAGAGCAGAUAUAGUAUAGCAUGAUCAUUGAAUUAGCAGGAUGACAUAGAACUUCUUCAUCUUCACAACACCUCUUUGUUCGACUUCGUGAGCAUGAUGUAAUUCUUAAACCCAUGUGCUAAGCAUUAAUUUUGUGCUAUACCCCGGUAUUGUCUCCAGAAUUGGCAUCUGUCAUCGAUGACCAAGUCUAAAUCUCCAGGCACGCCAAUUUCUGUCUGGUUAGCCAACACUGUUGGCCU